AUGGCGUCGGCUCUGCCCUCUCUUGAGGGCCCCAUAAUCCGCAUCCGUAUGGAUGCAGCAGCAGCAGCACCAGCAGCAGCAGCAGCAGCAGCACCAGCAGCAGCAGCAGCAGCAGCAGGAGAAGCAGCAUUCAGUGUUGGUGCUUUUGUAAGAAAUGUCAGUGGAGAGGGCCCCGAGGCCCUGGGCCUGCGGCUGCAGCAGCUGGAGCAAGCAACAGCAGCACUAGAUAAAAACAUACGCAGCGAGCUGUCUGCACACCUUGGCUCCCUCAUGCCAGGCGUCGCAUACUUCGCCGAGCUUCUGCAGCCCAGCAGCAGCAGCAGCAGCAAGAGCAGCAGCAGCAGCAAGAGCAGCAGCAGCAGCAGUAAGAGAAGCAGCAGCAGCCUUGAGGACAGCGGAAAACCCAGCAGCAGCAGCAGCAGCAGCAGCAGCGGCAGCACUGAUGCAGAAGAGGAAUCUUCUUGCUGCUGCACCGAGCAGCUGCAGCAGCAAGUGAGCAGCAUCUCUCACCAGGUGCAGCAGCUGCAGCAGCUGACGCAGCAGAAAGCAGCAGACCUUGAAGCUGCUGUUGAUGAAGCAGACAGGCUGCUGCAGGCGGAGGAGACAGUACUGUGGGCGCUGCAGUUUUUGCAUUAUAUAAAGAAGCUGAGAAAGGAGACAGCUAGCCACAAGAAGGCAGAAUACUUAGUCCAACUGGAAGCAAUGGCUGGUGCAGAGGAAGACAGCAGCAACAGCAACAGCAGCAUCAACAGCAGCAACACCAGCAGCAGCAGCAACGAAUCAGCAGCAGCAGCAGCAGCAGCAGCAGCAGCAGCAGCAACCCCUUCUCUCCACCGCCUCAAAUGCAUGCAGCCCGCGCUGCAGCUGAUGAAAAAACUCAGCAAAGAAAUCCGCAGCAAACCAAAAGUCUUGCUGCAGGAGUCGCUGCAGCAGCAGGACGUGCUGGGCAUAGCGGACAGCCUGAAGUGUCUCUUCGCGCUGCAGCAGCAGCAGCAAACGUUAGAGGCUGUGCUGCAGCAGCUAGCAGCAGACGCAUGCAAGCCGCUGCCUACCGAUGGUCUUCGUGCUGCUGCUGCUGCUGCAGUUGCCCCUGGCAGCCCGAAAGCUUGUGCUGCACCAGCAGCAGCAGCAGGAGGAGCAGCAGCAGCAGGAGGAGCAGCAGCAGGGAGCCAGCACCCAGCAGCAGCUGCUGCUGCUGCUUACAGCGAGGCCCUGCUCUGCAGCAACAGCAGCAGCAGCAGCAGCAGCAGCAGCAUAUCGCUUGUCUGCUGCACUCCUUUUCAGCAGCAAAUAGCUGAGUGGGCUGUCUCUGUCUUCACCUGCUUAGAAGAAAAACUAAGACAAGCAUUUCUCCUGGAUCAGGUGUUGUCUAGCCCUGACUUCUCUCCCUUUGCGGAUGUUAGUAUGGGGGAGUGGCUGCAGCAGCGGGGGUUUGUCUCUUCUGCUGCAGCAGAGCUGCUGCGCCGGGUGUCUGUACACCUGAAGAGUUGCUGCAGGCAGCUGACAGCCCGCAGCAGGCCGUUGCAGCAGCUGCUGCAGCAACUGCAGCAGCAGCCCCAGCAGCAGCAGCAACAGCAGCAGCAGCAGCAGAAGCAGCAGCAACAGCAGCAGCACCAUGCGGAUCCGCAGCUGCUCGCGCAGCAUAGGGCAGCAGCACGUCUGCUGCUGCUGCAGCAAAAUGUAGAUGAAGCUGCUGCUUGGUGUCUGGUUGAUUGCACGCCGCUGCUGCUGCUGCUGCUGCAGUCCUUCUUGCUGCGAUGGAGACGCGCAGAGGCAGCAGGGGCUCCCCUCCCUCCCCUGUCAAAGUCUCAGGAGACGCAGCUGAUGGGCAGCCUGGGGGAUUUGGUUGCGGUGUAUAGACAGCGCAUCAGCAGCAUUGAAGAGGAUAUGCUGCAGCUGCUGUUUGCUGCUGACUUGCUGCAGAAAGCACAGCAGCAGCAGCAGCAGCAGCAACAGCAGCAGCAGCAUUCGAGCAGCAGCAGCAUGCUGCAGAAGAUACGCAGCAAUAGCAGCAGCAGCAGCAGCAAUGUGCUGCCCACUGCUGGCGAUCUCCGCGCCUUCCUGCGGCAGCUGCUGCAGCACAUUGCUGCUGCACAGGUGGCGGGGGAGCCGCUGCUUCAGGAGGCUUGUGCUGCAUGCGAGAGUUCUCUGUGUCUGUUUACUUGGCUCUGCGUCCUCCAAAUACCGCCAGCAGCAGCAGAGCCGUCUUCUCUCUUUGACGACACACUGCAGCACAGCGUAAGAGCAGCAGCAGCAGCAGCAGCAGCAGCAGCAGCAGCAACAGCAGCAGCAGCAGCAGCAGUGAAUGCAAAGGGGCCAGCCAGCCCCGAAGGUGCAGCAGCAGCGGCGCUGCAGAACCUUAAUGCAUUCAAGGAGAUGGAUACCGUCAAGAGGGCGUUGAUGCAGCAGUUCUUUUUGGGUCCCCCUCUCACUGAGGUGUAUCAGCAGGUGUUUGCUGUGCUGCCUAUUGAGGUGCAGCAGCUGGAGCAGCAGCAGCAGCAGCAGCAGCAGCAGCAGCAGCAGGGAGAAUUGCGGUGUAUGCGCAUGCUUGAGAGAGCUGUGCUGCAGCUGAAGCAGCAGUAUCUCUCGCUGCUGCCUCCCCCCCUCAGUGACAUCGAAGCAAAGGGUGUUUGUCUUCAUCUGCUGCAGGGUAUUGUUGCAGCAGUGUGUUUAAGUGCAGCACGAACGGAGCAGCAGCGGGUGGCUCUGGCCUGCAGCCUGGCGGAGACAGAAGGGGCCUUGUCUUUAACAUAUGCGCAGCUGCAUGUACACCUCAGCAGCAGCAGCAAGCUGCUCGGUACUGUACGCCGGCUGCUGUCUCUAUCGACCCCACACCUCCUGAACGAGCAUGCAGUGCUGCAGCAGCAGCUGCAGCAGCAGCAGCAGCAGCAGCAACAGCAGCAGCAGCAGCAGCUGACUUGCGCGUUGGUGCCGCCGUUGCUAGCAGCAAUUCAUGUGCUGCAGCGAGUGCAUGUCAGCAGCAGCAGGGGGCUGCAGCAGCUGGUGGGGGUGAGCGACGAGCUGCUGCUGCUGUCUGCUGCUGCGUACCUGAGGAGCUGGCAAGAGACAGUAGAAGAGACAGGGGGGGUUGCUGCUGCUGCUGCUGCUGCUGGUAGUGCUGCUGCUGCAGGGGCGGCUAAAGCCGAUGCUGCUGCAGUUCCAUUUGCUGCUGUUGUUGCUGCUGCCACCACAGCACUUAGGGUUGGCUGUACGUACACUCUAGAGCAGCAGCUGCAGCAGCAGCAGCAGCAGCAGCAGCAGCUACCUUCAGACAAAGAACUCCUCGUUGCUGCCUUGGGGCUGCUGCAGCAGGAUACAGAAAAAGACACAUUUUAA